AUGGAGCCACAAGACACGAGCAUGACGAACCUGAUAAUCAACUAUCUACCACAAUCGAUGACCGAUAAAAAACUUCAUCAAAUGUUCACCCAGAUCGGACAAAUCGAAGCGUGUCGGGUGAUGAAAGACGUUAAAACUGGUUACAGUUUUGGUUUUGGUUUUGUCAAUUUUGUUCGGCCUGAAGAUGCAUCUAAAGCUAUUGAGGUGAUGAAUGGUCUCCAAGUUGAGAAUAAACGUUUAAAAGUAUCUUAUGCUCGACCUGCUGGAGAAGAUAUCAAAGAUACAAACCUCUAUGUUCAAAAUUUACCAAGAUCAAUAACAGAAAGAGAACUUGAAGAUUUAUUUGCCCCUUAUGGUCAAAUCGUUCAAAAAAAUAUACUUAAAGACAAAUAUAGUGGACUUCCCAGAGGAGUAGCAUUUGUUCGUUAUAACAAAAAAGAAGAUGCCCAAAAAGCAAUUAUUCAACUAAAUGGUGUUUUGUUGGAGGGAUGCACAGAGCAUCUAUCAGUAAAAAUAGCAGAGGAACACGGCAAACAGAAAGCAGCUUAUUUGGCCGGUCUACAAACCGGUUUAGCGCACAGAGGGGCUAAAAAUCCACAAAACAUGCACCAAUUAAUCAGAGCUAAUCAUGUUAUUGACAAGUACCCCAUUUCAUUGUUGCAGCAUGUUGAAAGACAUACUAUUGGUGCUAUGCGCCAAGAUAGGGCUAGUUACCGUCUUACAUCAGUCAGCUUGUUUCCACCGCCAUUUAGCUACAAUGUCGGCAUCGGUAAUGGGAACAUGUAUUGA